AUGACAAUACGAUUUCCUGCUGAACUACGGCAACCACUUGGACUGUCUAGCCCACAGUCAAACUGGCAAACCAAUAAAUUAUUUCCAACUUUUGAGACAUAUGGUCCAAGGGACAGGACUAAAUCCUGUGGGGGAACACCAUACUACUGUUCCCAAGGAUUUAUUAAACUUCAGUAUGCAGUCUCUGCAUCUAUAAUACAGUACGUUUCUAAUAUGAGCUGGGAAGAUCUGCCAGAAGUGAGGCUACAGCGAUAUCCGUAUAUACCGUACAUCGAUGAUCCCAUGCUGGUGGCAAUGGCCCAGUUUGUGCCUCUCAUCAUCAUGUCAAGUUUUGUCUACACUUGUAUUAGCACCAUUAAAUUUGUCACAACAGAAAAGGAAAACCAAAUGAAGGAAACACUAAAAAUAAUGGGAAUUCCAUCUUGGUUGCAUUGGACAGCAUGGUUUAUAAAAACUCUGAGCCUUCUUUUAGUAACAGUCACGCUGAUUGUGAUUUUGUUGAAAGUUUCUUGGUACGGAACUGGGUUAUCUGUAUUCACUUACAGUAAUGGAGUCGUACUUUUCCUGUUUUUUCUGCUAUAUGUGAUGGCUGGUGUGUGCUUCUGCUUCAUGGUUUCAGUAUUCUUUCAGAAAGCAAAUACAGCAGCUACUGUUGGUGGAUUGUUGUGGUUUCUGGCAUAUGUGCCUUUCCUCUUUCUGCAGCAGCAGUAUUCAGAUUUAAGUCUUUUUGCAAAAGUUUUUUCAUCCCUGGCCCACAAUAGUGCCAUGUCAUUUGGCAUGCAGCUCUUCAUUAUGUUUGAAGGAACAGGUGUAGGCUUACAGUGGGAAGAUUUUUGGAGACCCGUUAAUCAGAAUGAUGACCUCGUUGUGGGACAUAUAAUGCUGAUGCUAAUUGUGGACGCUGUCAUUUAUAUGCUUAUUGCACUGUACGUAGAGGCUGUUUUUCCUGGAGAGUUUGGGGUACCUUUGCCAUGGUACUUUUUUAUGCAGCGCUCAUACUGGUUUGGAAUUGAACAUGACAAUGAAGGCGUUAAUGAGGAGCAAAGCAUUCCUGAAAGUGAAUUCUUCGAGAAGGAACCAUUGCAUCUGAAGAAGGGAAUACAAAUUAUGAAACUCAGAAAGGUGUUCCAUAACAAUGUAGCUGUUGAUGAUCUGGACCUGAAUAUGUAUGAAGGUCAAAUUACUGUACUUCUUGGUCACAAUGGAGCUGGCAAGACAACAACAAUGUCACUUUUGACAGGUAUGUUAACACCUUCUGGUGGCACAGCAUCUGUAAAUGGAUACGAUAUAAGAAGAAACAUGGAAGCUGUCAGAGACAGCCUUGGCUUGUGUCCUCAGCAUAAUGUUCUAUUUGAUGAGCUCACUGUAAAGGAACACUUGCACUUCUUUGCAAAGCUUAAAGGAUUGGAAGGGAAUGAGCUUAAACAACAGGUUCAAAAAUAUCUCAAGUUGCUGGACAUUGAAGAAAAAGCUAAUGCUGCUUCAAAGACAUUAUCUGGUGGAAUGAAGCGUAAACUUUCAGCCGGUGUUGCAUUAUGUGGGCAGUCAAAGGUAGUGCUAUUUGAUGAACCUACUGCUGGAAUGGAUCCAACAGCAAGAAGAUCACUGUGGGAUGUACUCAAGGAAGAGAAAAAGCAUCGCACAAUUCUUAUGACGACCCAUCACAUGGAUGAAGCUGAUAUUAUUGGGGACCGGGUUGCUAUCAUGGCAGGUGGACAUUUGUGCUGUUGUGGUUCACCUUUCUUCUUGAAAAAGAGAUAUGGUGCUGGAUAUCAUUUGAUCAUUGUAAAGGGAGAGAAAUGUAAUGUUUCUGAAAUUACAAAUCUCCUCAGAAAGUACAUAGAUGACAUAGAAGUGGCACAGAAUAUUGGUUCAGAGCUGUCAUAUAUUCUGACAGAGGAAAAGUCAUCAAUUUUUGAAUCAAUGCUAAAGGAACUUGAGGAUAAUGGCAAAUCUUUGGACAUCCUCAGUUUCGGGGUGUCUCUUACUACAAUGGAAGAAGUGUUCAUGAGAGUUGGCAAAGAUCAAGAGGUAGAUGUCCUAAGAGAUCAUCAUGCAAGUAAUGAAAAAUCUUCAAACAGCUCCGUUACGGAAGUUCCAGACGAAAUAUAUUUGAUAAAGAAGAAUAUGACAGGAUUUCGACUAAAAAUAAAUCAGUUCCUUGCUAUGCUCAUGAAGAGAGCCCUGUACACAAAAAGGACAUGGAUUUUACUUCUUAUAAUGACAAUAAUACCUGUGUUCUUUUACAUAAUUGUCAUUAUUAUUGUGCGUAUAAUGGGACAAAUGGAUGACCUGCCAGCUCUUGAACUCAGCUUACAGAGUUAUGGUGAAAACCAUGUAGUAACUGGUUCUAUGUUUAACCUGAAUGAAACAUAUGGUAGUGUGUUGCCUGUGGAAUGGAUUACUGAUUUUAGCUAUGAUAAAAACUAUAUACUAACUGGUACAAAGUCAAAUGAAAGUAUUGGGCUGUAUGAGACAUACAAGAGUUUGCUGCCAAUGGAGUGGAUUGUUGAUCUUGGCAUUAACAAUACCAACAUUACUGAUGCAAUUUUACGUGCUCAAAACGAAAAUUUGAAAGAAGCAAAUCAAAGAUAUAUUGUCAGUGCCUCAUUUGAACUGAACGAGGUUACAAAUCAGCCUAUUGCUACAGGAUGGUUUAAUGCUCAACCUUAUCAUACACCACCUUUGUCUUUGAACUUACUUGUGAAUGCAAUGAUGAGAUUUUAUUCUGGCAAUAACAACUACACACUGAGAAUUGUCAAUCAUCCACUACCUUAUUCACAGGAAUCACAGGUAUCAUUGUCGUUAGCAGCUGAUGGAAGAUCUGCUGGAUUUCAAGUGGCUUUAAAUCUUGCCUUCUCAUUGUCAUAUGUAGCACCAUUUUUUGUAUUAUUUUACAUAAAAGAACGUGUUAGCAAGGUAAAGCUGCUGCAGAUGGUGUCAGGUGUUGAUGUUUUUAUCUUCUGGUGCACAGCUUUCAUCUCAGACUUCAUUUUAUUCCUUGCACCACUGAUAGCAUUGAUAAUAACAAUGAUUGCAUGUCAGGAGGAGGGCUUUAGAACAGCAGAUGAAUUAGGAAGGAUUGUGUUAAUGCUUGUGCUGUUUGCAUGGGCAAUGUUACCACUGAUCUACCUUGUGUCGUACUUGUUUACUGUUCCACCAACUGGGUAUAGCAGACUGACAAUGAUCUUCAUAUUUACAGGUGUGGCAGGCUUCAUGAUAGUUGAAAUACUGGAUUCUCUAAACUCGAAAGAAGCGGCACAGAUCAUUGAUUGGAUACUGCUUAUUAUUCCCCAUUAUUCCUUCAGCAAGACCAUUAUAAAUAUGUAUACUAAUGAGAACUACCUAUCAAUAUGUAGUAUGAUGAAAAAGGUCUGUUUCAUUUUUCCAAAUCCUUGUUGCAAAGAUACUGGUCAGUGUCCAGCUUCUAGCUGUAUUGAAUGGACAGAAAAUAUCUACGGUUGGGAAUACCCUGGAAUUGCACGAAACAUUGUUUUCCUCAUAGGAGGUGGUUUUAUUUUCUUUACUUUGUUAUUCUGCAUUGAACUUGGAGCAUUCAAAAGAGUGGCUUAUUUUCUCAACUCAAAAGGAAAACCUAAAUGGAAUAGAGUCGCAGAUCUUCGAGUCAAUGCAGCAGAUGAUGAUGUUUUGGCAGAGAAGGAGAAAGUCAAGCAUGUAGUGAUGUCAUCAGAAGUAAUGGAAUACAGUAUUGUACUCAAAGACUUGACAAAAUAUUAUGGCAAAUUUCUGGCAGUUGAUGGAAUAUCUGUUUGUGCAAGAAAAGGUGAAUGUUUUGGUCUCCUAGGAGUGAAUGGUGCAGGAAAAUCAACAACAUUCAAAAUGUUAACAGGAGAUGAAAAAAUCUCAUAUGGUGAUGCUUAUGUCAUUGGGUUAAGCAUUAAAUCAAAUAUGAAGAAGGUAUACCAAGAAAUCGGAUACUGUCCACAGUUUGAUGCCCUUUUAGAGGAACUGACAGGAUAUGAAACACUGAUGAUGUUUUGUCUUAUGAGGGGUUUAACCUAUGAUGAUGCUAAAUUCAGCAUCAGUGAAUGGGGAGAUAAGCUUUUAUUAUCAAAGCACAUCCACAAGAAAAUUAAGGAGUACAGUGGUGGAAACAAACGGAAACUCAGCACUGCUCUUGCAAUGGUUGGAAAUCCAUCUGUUGUUUAUUUAGAUGAACCAACUGCUGGAAUGGAUCCAGUUGCUAGAAGACACUUGUGGAAUGUUAUCUGUGAUGCAAGAGAAAAAGGAAAGUGCAUAGUUCUUACAUCUCACAGCAUGGAAGAGUGUGAAGCAUUGUGCACUAAAUUAGCUAUUAUGGUUAAUGGACAAUUCCAGUGCCUUGGCUCUUCACAACAUCUUAAAAACAAAUUUGCUGAGGGUUAUACAUUAACUGUGAAGUUGAAGAAGCCACGAAAGGAAAAUCACAUGCAAGACAGUGAAUAUUCUCACAAUAGUCCUUGGCACCAUCAAUGUGCAGUACUUCGAGAGGAACAUGAUAUCUUCCUGACGUACUACAUCCCUAAUUCAAAAUUUCCUUGGUCUAGGAUGUUUGGAAUUAUGGAAGAUGUGAAGUUGAAGUUUAAUAUUGAAGAUUAUUCUAUAGGCCAAACUACUCUAGAACAGGUAUUUUUGUCUUUUGCACGACAUCAGAAAGAAGCUGCUGAUGCGAUAUCAGAAAGAAGCUGCUGAUGGGCAAAGAUAACGAUGGAAGGCCAGAUGAAUUGCACUGCAGACUAGUGUCCUUACGCACCAG